AUGUUUUCAUUACUCAUGGCUGGUCAGAGGGCAUCUAUGAAUUUGUGGACCAAGUGGAGAACUCCUGGCCACGACACGCGACUGGAGCCUAUGUGUGCUUCUUGCUUCUUGUCGAAUCCUCAAAACUUGGACAUCAGCCACUUGAUUCAAAGCCCCCGGGAGUCGCCCUUCGCCAGAGCCUUAGAACAUGCUUCUGAAAUGCUGGUAGUGCCCAAUCACGUGUGCAGCAUUUACACUCGAAUUUGGUGCGUCUUCUGGGGUUUGCUCCAGACUAUGUUGUUCUUUUCCCAGCCUUUCCCCCAGUAUUUUUUUUGA